UUCAACAGCAAUUUAUUUGCUGCUCCUUUCACUCGUUUUGAAAUUCUGUAGCGUUUCUGACUUCACAUCUCAUACUUUACCGCGUUCAUGGAGGGCUGAUGCAGAGGAACUUAUGGUUUGGUAGAGGAUCAAGUGCAGAUAUGACACCAUCAAAAGAAGGCAUGUCCUCCCUCAUCGAAAAGACCAUAAAGCUGAGGAGGGAGGAACAGGCACGGCAGGUUGUCCUGGCAUGGGCUGUGCUGAAUAUGUCUUUGGCUGGGAUGAUCUAUACUGAGAUGUCUGGGAAGCUUCUUAGCAGAUACUAUAACAUAACCUACUGGCCCAUCUGGUAUAUUGAGCUUGCCUUGGCUUCCCUGUUCAGUCUCAAUGCGCUUUUUGACUUCUGGAAGUAUUUCAAGUACACCAUGGCCCCGUCCACGAUCACCAUCAGUCCAGAGCAACAUCAACUUCUUGGACUCAAGGGCUCAGGGAUUCAAGCCUCUCCACCUCAGAAACAAGAAAAGAAAGAAGCUCCAGUCUCAGUCCAGUCGUCGCCCCUGCAGGGACAGAAUGUACUCAGUUUUAGCCCUGCACGACCUUCAAGCACCAGCCCCAAGUUUUCCCCCAGCUGUGUGUCUGGGUUCAGUCCACCUCUGAGCAGCCCUUCUUCAGCAGGAGGACCCUUCUCACCCUCCAUGGCAUUUGGCAAGGUGAUGAACUAUAGUCCAUCUCCAAGCUCUUCUCCAUACCCAAGCAACCUCGGACCGGCAGAGGGCACUAGUCUCCGUGCUCGUUACCGCACAUCCCCGUCUGUCUUUAAUUCGCCCGGAGGUAAGGAGGACUACAUUGAUGAUCUGAAGACUUUGGAGAAGUUUUUACGCACGGAAGAGGAGAAAAGCCACCGCAGUCAAUUGGGGAGUCCAGAGUCAACAUCUCCAAGACACAGUCCAUCAUUCUGGAACUACAGUCGUUCAGUAGGAGAUUAUGCGCAGAGUCUAAGGAAGUUUCAGUAUCAGCCGGCCUGCCGUUCACAGGCACCAUCUGCCCAUAAAGACGACACAGAGCUGGGCUCUAAACAAGCUGCUGAAGAGGUCUGGGCAAGAAUCACAACGAGUCGAGCGGUGACGGAUAGUAUUGACAGCUGGACUGCUAAACUGAGAAAUUGGAUAAAUGACACCAUUCUAGUUCAUCUGGUCCGAGAGAUAGACUCAGUCAACAGUCAGCUCAGGAGGAUGGGCUGCCCUGAGCUCCAGAUCGGAGAGGCCAGUAUCAGCAGUCUCAAACAAGCUGCUGUGGUCAAAGCUUCUGCAAUCCCCACCCUCAAUGCUAUCGUACAAUAUCUGGACGUCACACCAAACCAGGAAUAUCUUGUGGAGAGAAUUAAGGAACUAGCCCACAGUGGCUGCAUGAGCUCUUUCCGCUGGAAUGGAGGAGGAGACCUGAAAAAUCGGAAAUGGGACACAGACCUUCCGACAGACUCUGCGAUCCUGAUGCAUGUGCUGUGUACAUACCUGGACUCACGACUUCCUCCACAUCCUAAGUAUCCUGAUGGAAAAACCUUUACAUCCCAGCAUUUCAUACAGACACCUGACAAACCGGACAUGUCCAAUGAGAACCUGUUUUGCAUUCAUCAAAGUAGCACAAACCCUCCUCAUUAUCAGCUUGUCUACCAGGGCCACAUCUACAGCUUGCCUAAGGGCAGAAAUAACUUGUUUCAUACCAUCCUAAUGUUUCUCUACAUUAUCAAAACCAAGGAGUCUGGCAUGCUGGGGAGAGUGAAUCUAGGCCUUUCAGGGGUGAAUGUACUCUGGAUCUUCGGGGACUGAGAUUGUCACGUUAUCAGAGGAAAACACUGCACAAGCCUUGGGAUGUGAUAAAGACUGUUUUUUACCUUUACAUUCUUGUGAUGUUGCAUGUUUUUGAGAUGCAUUGUACUGUCGCAUUACUUGCAACCUUAAUGCAAAUACAGAUUAUAGCACACAGUCAAGUCAUUUUUAGCUGAAAAAUGUUUUAACUCCAACACUGAGAUAUUUAUGACUUGAAACAGUGUCAAAAUGGAUUUUGUUCCACUGGAUUUUGUAUACAUAUUUUUGUAUUUCAUUCAUACAAGGAAAAACAAUGUAGUUAUACAUGAAUGUAAUUUCCUUAUGUUUAGUUUGGAUGAGGGGACACUGCAGGAAUUAUGAUUUUUUUUUUUUUUGAGUUAUGAAGCCGUUACUGGUAGUUUUUCUUCAUGCACUUGUAAUGACAUGCAACCAUGAACAAGCAUAAGUCAUACUUAAUUUUUAAAAACAGUUUGGUGUAGGAAUAUUAAUUUACUUGGUCUCAGUAACUGGCUUUUCUUAUUAUUCCUCACUUCUUUUGGCAAUAUACACAAGAGCUGGGAUGACAGAUGAUCCCCAACACUGAAUGCCAAAUUACACAUUUAACAAAAGUUUGUUGCUUGUAUUUUAUAUAAUGUCUGAAAUGAAACUUGAAAUGGAAUGAACUUCCACAUUUGUCUUUGGUUUUCAAAUGAAUAAAUGACCAGCAUUGUUCUUA